CCGGCCGAGGCUCGCGAAGCCGGAAGUAGCCUGGGGCGCGAGAAGGCCCCGGGAGCCCGCUGGCGGUGGCGCGGCCGAGAGUCGCCUGUUUAAUGAGAAGCGCCUGACCAAGCCGAGAUGCAGAGCACUUCUAAUCAUCUGUGGCUUUUAUCUGAUAUCCUAGGCCAGGGCGCUACUGCAAAUGUCUUUCGAGGAAGACAUAAGAAAACUGGUGACUUAUUUGCUAUUAAAGUAUUUAAUAACAUAAGCUUCCUUCGUCCAGUGGAUGUUCAAAUGAGAGAAUUUGAAGUGUUAAAAAAACUCAAUCACAAAAACAUUGUGAAAUUAUUUGCUAUUGAAGAAGAGACAACAACAAGACAUAAAGUACUUAUUAUGGAAUUUUGUCCAUGUGGGAGUUUAUACACUGUUUUAGAAGAGCCAUCUAAUGCCUAUGGGCUACCAGAAUCAGAGUUUUUAAUUGUUUUACGAGAUGUGGUGGGUGGAAUGAAUCACCUCCGAGAGAAUGGCAUAGUACAUCGUGAUAUCAAACCAGGAAAUAUCAUGCGUGUCAUAGGAGAAGAUGGGCAGUCUGUGUACAAACUCACAGAUUUUGGUGCAGCUAGAGAAUUAGAGGAUGAUGAGCAGUUUGUUUCUCUGUAUGGCACAGAAGAAUAUUUGCAUCCUGAUAUGUAUGAGAGGGCAGUGUUAAGGAAAGACCAUCAGAAGAAGUAUGGAGCAACAGUUGAUCUUUGGAGUAUUGGGGUAACAUUUUACCACGCAGCUACUGGAUCACUGCCAUUUAGACCAUUUGAAGGGCCUCGUAGGAAUAAAGAAGUGAUGUACAAAAUAAUUACUGGAAAGCCUUCUGGUGCAAUAUCUGGAGUACAGAAAGCAGAAAAUGGACCGAUUGACUGGAGUGGAGACAUGCCCAUGUCUUGUAGUCUGUCUCAGGGACUUCAGGUUCUACUCACUCCUGUUCUUGCAAACAUCCUUGAAGCAGAUCAGGAAAAAUGUUGGGGUUUUGACCAGUUUUUUGCAGAAACUAGUGAUAUACUUCACCGAAUGAUAAUUCAUGUUUUUUCGCUACAACAAAUGACAGCUCAUAAGAUUUAUAUUCAUAGCUAUAACACUGCUGCUGUAUUUCAUGAAUUGGUGUAUAAGCAAACUAAAAUUAUUUCUUCAAAUCAAGAACUUAUCUAUGAAGGGCGUCGCUUAGUCCUGGAACUUGGAAGGCUGGCACAGCAUUUCCCUAAGACCACAGAAGAAAAUCCUAUUUUUGUAGUAACUCGGGAAUCCCUGAAUACCACUGGAUUAGAAUAUGAAAAAAUUUCCCUACCUAAAGUACAUCCACGUUAUGAUUUAGACAGUGAUGCUAGCAUGGCUAAGGCAGUUACAGGAGUUGUGUGUUAUGCCUGUAGGAUUGCCAGUACCUUGCUACUUUAUCAGGAAUUAAUGCGAAAAGGGAUACGGUGGUUGAUUGAAUUAGUUAAAGAUGAUUAUAAUGAAACUGUUCAUAAAAAGACAGAAGUUGUAAUCACAUUGGAUUUCUGCAUCAGAAACAUUGAAAAAACUGUGAAAGUAUAUGAAAAGUUGAUGAAAAUCAACCUAGAAGCAGCAGAAUUAGGUGAAAUUUCAGACAUACACACCAAGUUGUUGAGACUUUCCAGUUCUCAGGGAACAAUAGAAAGCAGUCUUCAGGACAUCGACAGCAGGUUGUCUCCAGGUGGAUUGCUGGCCGAUGCCUGGGCACAUCAAGAAGGCACCCAUCCAAAAGACAGAAAUGUAGAAAAACUACAAGUCCUGUUAAAUUGCAUCACAGAGAUUUACUAUCAGUUCAAAAAAGACAAAGCAGAACGUAGACUAGCUUAUAAUGAGGAACAGAUCCACAAAUUUGAUAAGCAGAAGCUGUACUAUCAUGCAACAAAAGCAAUGAGCCACUUUACAGAUGAAUGUGUUAAAAAGUAUGAAGUAUUUUUAGAUAAGUCAGAAGACUGGAUGAAAAAGAUGUUUCAUCUUAGGAAACAGUUAUUAUCUCUAACUAAUCAGUGUUUUGAUAUUGAAGAAGAAGUGUCAAAGUAUCAAGACUAUACAAAUGAGUUACAAGAAACUCUGCCUCAGAAAAUGCUAGCAGCCUCCAGUGGAGUCAAACAUACUAUGGCCCCAAUUUAUCCAAGUUCUAAUACAUUAGUGGAAAUGACUCUUGGUAUGAAGAAAUUAAAGGAAGAGAUGGAAGGAGUAGUCAAAGAACUUGCUGAAAAUAAUCAUAUUUUAGAAAGGUUUGGGUCUUUAACAAUGGAUGGUGGCCUACGCAAUGUGGACUGUCUUUAGCUUUCCAAGAAGUUUCAGAAAAGUCUUAGUUUACACAAGAAGAUAUUGCUGGGGCGCUAAAGAAAUGCCUUUCUAGAUGGUCUCUUAUUUGUACAAUUCAGUAUUUGAUGUGGUCAUGUAAAUAUGUACAAUAUUGUAAAUACAUAAAAAUAUAUAAAUUUUUGGCUGCUGUUAAGAUGUAAUUUUGCCUUUAACAUUUAUAAGUACAUGAGGCAAUUUGACCUCAAAUGAGCACUAGAAGAAAGCCAUGACCAGCCGAUGCAUUGGGGUGCUGGUCCUCCACUCUCCAAGCAAGGCUGGAGACGUCAUAUUGCGCGGUGCCUACUGGGAAUAUUUUUAAGUGCAUCCAAAAUUGGCAUCCUUACAAGUCAGAAGAGGCUCAUAAUUGACACAUCUGUAACUGUUAGAUUAGCUAGGGGCUUCUGCAAGUGGAGAGCAGAACCAAACCACUGGUUUUACUAGGAUCAGUUUCUUUGAGAAGGAUAAAGUGGCAUUAUUUCAUUUUACAAGAUGCCCAAAUCCCAAUUUUCCUUGUAUGUUUAAUUGCAGGUGAAUUAUUGAGCAAGUUUUUAAGGUGAAUUCAUUAUUUAAAAUAAUUCAUCUUUUCUUUGACCACAGGUGUAUAAUUGUCAGUCAAAUUCUAGGAUCAUUUCAGUUGUUUUAAGUUGUAUAUUUCUUUAAUUCUGCUUACUAUUUCAUGAA